UUGCGCUGUGUCAUACCCCUCGGCUACUAGAAGCACACUUCGUCAAACAAGCGUCGAUGUAUACCCAUCCAGAGCCACCGGGACUACCUUUUCUGCUAGGUGAGGUAGACAAUAAGAUACCACGUGACCCCACUGAAGACAUUGAGGAGGUAGGAACCAUCGGGCCACAAGGUUCCACAGGCCGUGAUGGGCGUGACGAUGCAGCUGGUCAACAAAGUACGCUUGGUUUACGUGGAGGACGUGGCUUCCCGCUCCCUAACAGACUACCUGGCGCUCCUCGGCAGAAGGAAUUUAUGGAUAGGCCUGGACCAAAAGAAACUCGUGAAGCUUCCGUACGACAAAUGCCAUAUUGCAUUCAGGCGGAGGAGGAAUUCGAUAACUACGAUUAUGAGUGAAACGUCUGCAGAAAAUAUGAAAAA